AUGAGAGUCACUCUCAUUUCACCGCCGGCCCCGGGAGGAAAGACCUGCUACAAAUACAAGGCCAUGGGGAAAUCACCAUCUUCAAUGGUAUUGAGCAUGGGUGAUGCUAGUGUUGUCAUCCACAUUGGCCCCACUGGCAGGUCCAAUUCACUGGCCUUCAAGCUGGCUUCAUGGUUGGCUUCCAAGGCGGGGAACGCAAAUGAUUCAAUAUUAUGUCAUUGCUCCCUGGUUUGCCAGGCGCUAAACCGAGCCAGCCCCAGCUGGUCUCCUCGAAGCGCCAAACGUACGCUUUGA